AUGGCUCCGAAUGAAAAAUUAGAUUAUGAGCUCGCUUUUGUUUUGGCUGCCUUGACAGUAGCUGCUUAUGCCAGUCUGCAUCAUGAACCUAUCCACCAUCCCCAACCUUUCAAAUUCGGCUACAGCGUGAAGGACAAACACGGAGAACAACAUCGUGAAGAAGUUGGUGAUGGCAAAAACGUGAAGGGAAGCUACGGAUUCACCGAUGCCAGGGGAAUCAAGCGACAGGUCAACUACGUCGCUGACCAUGCUGGAUUCAGAGCUGAGGUCAAGACCAACGAACCCGGAACCGCCAACCAGAACCCCGCAGCCGUCCACAUCAUCUCUGAUGCUCCCUAUGGACAUGGAGGAUAUGCUGGAGUUGCUGGACUAGGAUAUGCCGGAGUUGGUGAAGCAGGCUUAGGAUAUGCCAGAAAUGCAGGAUACGGAUAUGCUGGAGUUGCAGCUAACGGAUUGGGAUAUGGAUAUGCUGGACUUGAUGGAUAUGGAGGUUAUGGUUAUGGAGGCAAUGGAUUGCUUGGUGGUUUAGGAUAUGCCAGAUAUGGUUUUUAG